AAAGUGAGGGAGAAGGGGCGACUGCUAUCACCGCAACUCCUCUCAGAGAUCCAGAAAACUGACGGAGGAAGCAGAGGCUCAUCCCAUCCCAUAAUAUAUCAGUCUACUUGUUUGAAAGACUAGAGCAAGGUGGUUGCAAUCUGAAGCAGACAUGUAUUUCUCAUUUUACUUUUCUCUGUUAGUCUGCCUUCUGCUGCCGUUGUCCGACGCCGGGAGGCAGAUGCCCAAACUGUCUGAUAAGAAACUGUGUGCUGAUUCUGACUGCAGCAACCCUAUCUUGAUCGCCCGGGCUCUGCAGGACUACUACCCAGGAGACUGCAGGUUCAUUCCCAUCCGCCAGGGGCAGCUCAUCUACGUCUACGCAAUGUUGAAGGGCCGGGGGAACCUCUACUGGGCUGGCAGUGUCCAGGACUCCUACUACGGUCAACAGGAAGCUCGGAUUGGUCACUUCCCAAGUAGUGUAGUGGAAGAGACACACCCUCUCAUGCCAGCCACCACAGAAGUGCAGACUACCAAAUGGGAUUUCUACUGCUACUAAAGACAACUGGGACUAUACAUAGACAUCUUCAAACAGACAGACACACACACACACACACACACACACACACACACACACACACACACACACACACACACACGCGCACACACACACACACACACACACACACACACACACACACACACACACACACACACACACACACAAACACACACACACACACACACAAACA